AUGGCGUCUCUGCCGUUGUGCGGUGCGGUUCGGAGCCCAGAGGGACUCCCUGCAGACCCUUCUUCACAAGAAGAAGAUCAGGAUUAUGAUCCUGAAGAUCCGGUCAGCGACUCGGGUUCAUACUCCCCUACGAGUACAGACUCUAAUGACCUUGAGCCUGAAUGGCUGGACAGUGUGCAGAAGAAUGGAGAGCUGUUUUAUUUGGAGCUGAGUGAGGAUGAGGAGGAAAGCCUCCUUCCUGAGACACCUACUGUGAACCAUGUCAGAUUCAGUGAAAACGAGAUCAUUAUCGAAGAAGAGUAUUACAGGGAAGGAAAAAAGUAUGAACCCAAACUCAAGCGGUUUACCAAGAUUUUAAAAAGUAAAAAACUUUUACCCAAGCGCUAUAAUAAAAAAAAUAGUAAUGCCAGCGGGCCAGUGUCCAUUCUAAAGCAUCAGUCCGAUCGGAAAACGGGAGUUGUUGUCCAGCAGCGGCACAAAGAUGUGACUAUCUACGUAAACCCCAAAAAGCUAACCGUCACCAAAGCCAAAGAGCAGCCCAAGCUUCUGGAAGUACUUGUUGGGAUUAUCCAUCAGACCAAGUGGAGCUGGAGAAGAACUGGAAAACAGGGCGGUGGAGAGAGGCUUGUGGUCCAUGGCCUGCUGCCAGGAGGAUCUGCAAUGAAGAGUGGUCAGGUUUUAAUUGGGGAUGUCCUGAUUGCUGUGAAUGAUGUAGAGGUGACCACUGAGAACAUAGAGAGAGUUCUGUCUUGCAUUCCUGGACCUAUGCAGGUGAAACUGACAUUCGAAAAUGCAUAUGCUAUGAAAAAGGAAACAACUCAACCAAGACAGAAAAAGGCACAGUCGAACACAAGUGAUCUAGUCAAACUUCUGUGGGGAGAAGAGGUAGAAGGUGUCCAGCAGAAUAUUCUAAACACUCCUCACAUCGUUAUGUACCUCACACUACAGCUUGACUCGGACACAUCAAAGGAAGAGCAGGAAAUCCUUUAUCAUUAUCCAGUUUCUGAGGCAUCUCAAAAACUCCGGAGUGUGAGAGGGAUAUUUCUUACACUCUGUGACAUGUUGGAAAAUGUAACUGGGACACAAGUUACGAGCUCAUCCCUUUUUUUAAAUGGAAAACAAAUUCAUAUAGCUUAUUGGAAAGAAUCUGACAAACUGUUGUUAAUUGGCCUGCCUGCCGAGGAAGUACCUCUUCCUCAGCUGAGGAAUAUGAUAGAAGAUGUUGCCCAAACCUUAAAAUUUAUGUAUGGCUCUUUAGAUAGUGCCUUUUGCCAGGUUGAGAAUGUUCCUCGUUUGGAUCAUUUUUUCAGCUUGUUUUUCCAAAGAGCACUUCAGCCCACUAAACUACAUUCGAGUGCCAGUCCCAGCACACAGCAGUAUGAUGCUUCCAGUGCAGUACUUUUAGACAAUCUCCCUGGAGUUCGGUGGCUCAUACUUCCCCAGGAAAUUAAGUUGGAAUUAGACACAGCAUUGAGUGACUUGGAGGCCGCAGAUUUUGCAGAACUGUCUGAGGAUUACUAUGACAUGAGACGGCUAUAUACAAUUUUGGGGUCUUCUCUAUUUUACAAGGGGUAUUUGAUAUGCAGUCAUUUGCCUAAGGAUGAUCUUAUUGAUAUUGCUGUAUACUGUCGCCACUAUUGCCUACUGCCUUUAGCAGCAAAACAGAGAAUUGGUCAAUUGGUAAUAUGGAGGGAAGUAUUUCCUCGACAUCACCUCCAACCUUCUGCAGACUCAAACACUGAAGUCUUUCAGGAACCUGAAGGGAGAUAUUUUUUGCUAAUUGUUGGCUUGAGACAUUAUAUGUUAUGUGUACUAUUAGAAGCUGGAGGCUGUGCGUCCAGAGCCAUUGGGAAUCCUGGACCAGAUUGUAUAUAUGUGGAUCAGGUCAAAACAACUCUUCACCAGCUGGAAGGGGUAGAUUCCCGCAUAAAUGAACGGCUAGCCUCUUCUCCAAACCCCUGCUUGUCUUGUGCUGACUGGUUCCUUGCUGGGUCACAUGAAAAAUUAGAUAAUUUAACCACCUCACCUAUCCUCAGUAGGCUGCACAGUGCUUCCAAGAUCGCAACCUCUCCAACAUGCAGAAGAACCCUUUUUGGUGACUAUUCCUUAAAGACACGUAAGCCCAGUCCAUCCCGAAGUGGAGGACCUGACAAUGGUCUUAAAGGUGAAGGUGUUGGCCUGAGCCCCCACACUACAGAAUCUCAGGGUUCGGAUGGUUCAGAAGAAACUGGAGCCUUGCUUAAGGUUACUAAAAAGAAGUCUACUCUUCCAAAUCCAUUUCAUUUGGGGAACCUGAAAAAGGACCUUUCAGAAAAAGAACUGGAUAUAUAUAACACAGUGAAAUUGACAUCUGGUCCUGAGAACACACUUUUCCAUUAUGUUGCCUUAGAAACAGUGCAAGGGAUCUUUAUUACUCCUACCCAUGAAGAGGUGGCACAGCUGAGCGGCUCUAUCCACCCUCAACUGAUAAAGAAUUUCCAUCAGUGUUGUCUCUCCAUUCGUGCAGUUUUCCAGCAGACAUUGGCUGAAAAGAAAAAGAAAGCACUAAAUGGUAAAGAUCACUCAGGUUCAACAAAUUCAGUGUCUUCUCUGAACCCUGUGAAAGAACAUGGUGUAUUGUUUGAAUGCUCACCUGAAAACUGGACUGAUCAGAGGAAAGCACCACCUGUUAUGGCUUACUGGGUAGUAGGGAGGCUCUUUCUUCAUCCCAAACUUCAAGAACUUUACGUCUGUUUUCAUGACUCAGUUACAGAAAUUGCCAUUGAAAUGGCUUUUAAAUUAUUCUUUGGAUUAACCUUGUAG